AUGGAUGACGCUCUAGUUGACUGUGCGGACGUUUACCGCAUGGAAUACACCUAUUCUUUCUUGGCGGGAAUAGAUCCUAUGCGGCCGCCCUCGUCGAUUACGAUCCCCGCCAAGGAACUGGACGCCAUGGCGGGCAUGGAGCGGCAGUACUGGGAGAUCAAGGCAAAGUACUUUGAUGUGUUAAUUCUCUUUAAAAAGGGAAAGUUUUAUGAGCUGUACGAUCAAGACGCCGCCAUCGCACACCGCGAAUUUGGCCUCAAGCUUGUUUUUAGCGCCACCAACCGUGGCAAGAUGCGUCUUGCGGGGGUUCCAGAGCAAAGCUUCAGCGAGUGGGCACGCCUUUUUGUCUUCCGCGGCUACAAGGUGGGCAGAGUAGAACAAAUGAAGGAGGAAACGGAUACCUCCCCUAUCAAGACUGCACGCACGAAGGUGCUACAACGUGAGUUGGUUGAAGUGCUCACACCAGGCACAUUGACAGAUCCUGCAAUGCUUAGCGGUUCCGGUCCUGUCUUUAUUCUGGCCCUCUGUCCCUUGCAGGAAAAUGUUGUGGACGGUUUGGCGGUGGAUCUCUCACGUCAUGUGGUUUAUCACUGUCCAUGUGGCGUCGGGAGAAAUGACGUGUUGCGUGAGGAGGAGACGCUGCUCAUGGUGUGUGCCCUCUUGCAGCAGCUCCGCCCGCGUGAAAUCAUAUUUCCACUUUGUUUUAUUCCUAAUGCUGCGCAGGCCGAUAGGAAGGCAUCAUUUGCCAAGCGUUUGGUGGAUUGGAUAGAGGGCGAGGGGUUUCGGGUGGAGUUGGUGGAUGUGUCUUCUCUCUCGUUUUCAAAAGGCAACUCCGAUGGGGUGGACAAAAUUUUGGACGCGCACAAGUUCUUGGCACACUACUUUCAGACGUUGAAACUUUACCAUGCCGUGCCCAUACUCUCAGAGGCAGAACCCUACACCUUCCAUCUUCCUUACGCAUCCUCCAAUACCACCAUUGCUCGCAAGCAUGAGGGUGAAGUUUCAAAUUCUUCAUCGAUAUUAUGGCAUGAACGAAGAGUGGACCGUGGACUCGUGCUGGAUGCCACAACCGUGAGCAACUUGGAGCUAGUCAGCAACUUGCGGGAUGGCGGGGAACGGGGCUCACUGAAUCAACUUUUCAAUCGCUGCUGUACAAAUGGAGGAAAGCGUCUCAUGCGAUCAUGGAUUUUACGGCCUUCUGCUUCCUCCCGUGUCAUUCUGGCUCGACAGGAGGCGAUUCGCUUCAUUAUUGAGCACAAGCUUGACGAGCUUUGGGGCGAGGGUGGAGAGCCGGAGACGACGUUGGGGAUUGCAGCGGCGUCCCCCACACUGAGAGCAGAAACCCCUCGUGAGCAUGAACCAAUUUGUGUUGUGAAACGAGAGCGGCCGGUGGGUAGUAAAUUUGAAACACGUUUCUCCAGUUUGGUGGAUGUGGAUUUUGAGCGUAAUCUUUCUCGCUUGACGGACUUGAAGAACAACAGUGACGCACAAGUGGCGUUUGUUGAUCCCCUUGUUCAGUACAAGAAGCAACUUCAAAUCAUUGUUACAACGGUCCAGGCUCUUGAGGACAUGGUGGCAUGGUCACACGACAUACAAAAGGGGAUAACCUCGUCACCGCCUCUUUUGAAGGAGCUCUGGGCGCAAAUUGAUGCUGCCGCUCCCGCGGUAACCUCCAUUGGAAACUGUUUUGACCGCCAUGCUGCCCUUGCGUCGGGCGUGAUUGUUCCCUCUCAGGGAGCAUCCUCCGUGUAUGAUGAGGCAUCCGGUACUCUCGACGCCAUUGAGGGAAAAUUACAGGGGGAACUACGCCGAUUACAAGAGGAGGUUUUUGAUGGUACAGCGAUCAACUACAGCGUCGUUGGUCACGAGCAAUUUCUUGUAGAAGUGCCAAUUUCUGCUGUACCGAAAACGCCUUUGCGUGGAUUUGUGGAAAGAUCCCGCAGUGGCAAGAGUGUGAAGUAUGUUGUGGCCUCCCUGGAGCCACUGGUGGAGUCUCAUAAGAAAGCAAAGAAGGAAAAAUCAAACGCUCUUCUUUUGGUGCUGCAAAAUGUUGCAUCGCACAUGUGUCACUACUUCCCUCUCCUGUAUGGUGCCACGGAGGCACUCUCAUACUUUGAUUGCCUCUUGAGUCUUGCGUCACUGCGAAAAUGUGGGGUCACAACCGCUUGGCCUAUUGUGAAGGAUGACGCUGUGGGGGCGAGUCUGGAGGCCGAGCAACUAACUCAUCCUUUUCUAAAUGGAGACUCUGUGCCGAACGAUAUUUCCUUGGACGCGGCGCACGGGCGUAUUUUGCUCUUGACGGGGCCGAACAUGGCGGGGAAAAGUACACUUAUGCGUACGGUUGCUGUGAACGUCAUCAUUGCGCAAAUGGGAGGACCAAUUUUUGGUGCAUUUAUGCGUCUUGCUACGGUGUCCCGCAUCUUCACACGUAUCGGAGCCCGCGAUGCUUCUCACAAGGGACAGAGUACACUGUAUGUUGAGCUGAGCGAAACAGCUGACAUCCUUCGUCAUGCAGACCCAUGGAGUUUAUGUCUGGUAGAUGAAUUGGGGCGUGGUACCUCUACACAUGACGGUUACGCCAUUGCACAUGCCACAUUACACUCGUUGAAGGAACGCCUUCCUGUUUCCCCGCUUCUCCUGUUUUCCACCCACUAUCACGCUCUUGCACAGGAACAGCUUGGUGGGGAUGCCGUGAACGUAUCGUCUUUGGCGCGAGAUCAUGGCUCGGUGGUGCAGCUGGGAUACAUGGACUUUGCUAUAUCGGAUACAAAAAAAGAUGGUGUUUCGGCAAUUACAUUUCUUUACCGUCUUGUCUCUGGCGUAUGCACACGUAGCUAUGGCGUUGAGGUGGCUUUACUGGCUGGCAUUCCUUCUUCACUCGUGCACAUGGCAGCCAUCAAGUCACAUGAGCUUGCCUCAUGGAAUGACCGGCAAAAGGACAUUCAUACCAUACGACAGUUCCUUCAUGAGCCUAACGCUGCCACACUUUUCAAGAAAAAGAAGUCGUAG